AGCUGUGUUCCAAAACGCACCGACCCUGAAACCGACCGCGCAAGCAUCGACGCGACAACAGGACUCGUUCAUCGACAGACUGCAAUCAAAUCUAUCGAAUCACAGUGCAAAACGGGACCGCUAGCGACGCAGAUGGCAAAAUUAGCAGCAGUGGCACUGCUACUGCUGCAAAACUGCGCGGCGCUGCGCCAGCCCACGCGCCUCGCAGCCACGAAAGGCUUCAACUUCGACGUCGCCUCCUGGCUGAAAGCCCCAACAACGACCAUCCACGAGGACGUCGACGACGUCGACGACAUACAACGAAACAGAGACGAAGUGCUCCACCACUCAAAACACAACGAGUUGUUAACCGGACACGCCACAUCGGAGCGGCGGUCCGUCCUCGACGCGGAGCUGUCCGUCGAGGCCUACUCGUUGAGUGAUGCUCCCGUGACCCUCAAACCGGCACCCGUCCAAGAGCACACGAAACACGCGGAGCUCUCCGUCGACGCAGCUGUGAGAGCGGCUUCAUCCUUACGACCGGGCUUAGCGGUCGACGCGGCCAUCGCUGCCGCUUCUGCCGCUCGAUCCUCAGCGGACGUGUCCUCGGCAAGAGGUAGAGGUUCUCUCGCACCGACACUCCUCAAAGCCGCGAAAUCAAUACAAUGGUGGCUGCCCGGGCGGCAGAAACGCGCGGACCGCGCCGUGCGGGCGGCGGAGGCCUUGGCCGGUCUCAUCACACUAGAUGAUACCGCGACGGGUCGAGAUUUGGUGCGAGGCACGAGCACGCUGACGGACGAGGGCAUGACGCCCGUCGUCGACGCGAAACAGCUCUCGAAGGCCGUCUCGAAUUUAUUGCGGGGCGGCGCGCGGCGGCGCGUCGCCGCGGCGCGGCUGGCCUUGGCGGCGACGGCGCCGGGCGCGCCGGGGGCCGCUUCCGUACGUGUCCGGUGUCCCUUCGCGUCGCGGCGGCGGCGUGCCGACGUAUCCCACGCAGGCCAAAGCGGCUCUCAGACAACAACCUAGAGUAGACGCCUACUGCCAACGUAGAUUAACGUAUCAAAGAAAACAUGACAAGAAGGCUGAAGCGCGAUCACGGGCCGAGGCCGCUUGUGCUGUAUAUGAAUCCGCAGGACCGCCAGGCACGAACGCGACGGACACUAGAGGCCUACUCUCGUCGAAACAAGCCGAAGACGAACACAUGCUAGGUGCCAAAUUAGCACAUGCUCUCGGCUACCGACGACCCUCGAAACAACGAGGUAUCCGCAUCCUCGCGUUGGACGGUGGAGGAUCAAGAGGAGUAGUAACAGUGCAAUUACUGAAACAACUGCAGCAGGUAGCCUUUCCCGGGAAAGAACCUUCUGAUGUGUUCGACCUCGUUGUUGGAACGUCGACAGGUGCGAUCCUAGCUUUAUUGCUAGGCACCAAGCACUGCUCCCUCGAAACAGCGGAGAAGAUGUACGAAUUAUUAUUAGAUAGGAUCUUCGUCAAGGAGGAGUUGGCUGGCGAAGCUCGAUUGUUAACACGAAGGGCGAGGUACGACGAGCGCCAUAUCGAGCGGGUUUUUGACGAAUUGCUCGGAGAUGAUGAACUGUUGGGUGCGUCGGGUGGGAAUGGGCCCGACGUCGCCUUGUUAUCCACUCUACUAAGUGUGCGGCCGGCGAAAGUAGCGCUCUUCAGAUCCUAUGAGUUACCGGCCGGGUCGCGCUACCCCGGCGCGGCUCGAUUGCCACUUAGACAAGCCCUACGGGCGGCCACGGCGGCUCCUACCCUCUUCACUCCUCUCAAGAUUAGAUCCCAGGUCUUCUGCGACGGAGCCAUACAAGCAAAUAAUCCUGCGGCAGUAGCUCUACAUGAAGCGGCUCGUUUAUUCCCAGGUAUCAAGGUCGACGCUGUUGUAAGUGUGGGUACUGGAGAAAGAACACCAUCUCUGGACGAGCGCAUCGUCGAUGGGGACAUCUCCUGGGACAACAUCGUCUCGCAGUUAAUUGAUAGUGCUACAUCAACAACUCUGAUCCACGACGCCCUGCUGGACCUGGCGCCGUCGGACACGUACUUCCGGUUUUCUCCUAGGGUCGACAACGACGCCAUCGACGCGACCGAUUCAGAGACGCUCGCCGAGUACCGACGGGCGGCGCUGGACUAUUUCGGCGACGCGGAGGUGAAGUCUCGGGCUCGGGCCUGCGCGGCGGCGCUGGGGUUGUAACGUAUAGGUGUUCUUUA